GGUCAGAGCCAUUGGGCCUAUAUAUCUCAACCCACGUAGUUAACAUGGUCCAAAAUUAGGCCCAAUCAAAGCGGAAGUACCAUUUCCAAAACCCACUGUAAAACCCUUGAUCGGAAAAAUCAGACAGUGAAUAUCCUUUCAUCGAUCGGAAAAAAUGUCAAUGGUUCUAAGUCUCAGAAAAGCAGCCGGAGCUUCAACACUGUUCAAAUUAAUCAGCUGCAAAUCUCAAUUUAUUACCGCCGCACCUUCAAUCACACGCUUUUUUUCCUCCAUUUCAACCUCAGAUUCAAAUUCCUUGAGCAAGGAGCAGAAAACCACUACUGAGCCAAUUCUGGUGACGGGUGCUCCACAAGAAUUCAAGAUGGAGAACCCCUUUCAGUCAGCAGGACCGAAGGAGGUGCUAGAAGUGGAUACAGUAAAGGAUGGCAUACUUGUGAGAGUGGCAAUGCCUGGUGUUAGUGAAGAAGGGAUUAAGGUAUGGUUAGAGAACAACACGGUUUACUUCACUGGCAGAGGAGAAAUCGAAGUGGAAUCUGAGGAAUCGGGGAGGAAAUACGGAGGGAGUCUUGAGUUUAGCACUGAUUGCUGUAAAGCUGGGAAGGUUGAGGCACAAAUGAAAAAUGGUAUUCUUAGAAUGGUAAUUAAAGGUGAAAUGGAACAAGAUUGACUGUCUUAAUGUUCUCUCUUUGUUCAUCUUGUUGAUAUAUCCUUUAGACACGAUGCAUGUAAACUUUGUUGUAUUUGGGGAAAUAUUUGAUCAAUGGUCUAUACUAUAUGCUUGUUAUUGGAAUUACUCAAUUAACAGAAAGGAAAACUUUUAACUCUA